CCCCUCCCUCGUCAGGCAAGGUGCAAAGUCCGACUGCUGUUUUUAGAGCGGCUGAACUUCCUCAAUCUCUGUUCGCUGCGAUCUCCGUCCCAGAAAAGACAGAAGAGGAGAGAGAGAUCUGCGGACAACAGCACAGCGGUCUCCGCACGCUGACCUGCCCUGCAGCCUCCAGGGUGCCCCGCCGCUGAUCGCCGUGGAGACAGAGCAGAGAGUGCUGGGCUAAGAUAAUGGCAACAGAGAAGCAGCCGGGGGCACCACGGAGAAGGGGGUGGAGCUUCUCGUCUCUCCGCAUCACGCGUAGACCAACAGAAGAGGAAGAUGAGGGUUUUGGAUUUGUCAGGAGGGGGGCAAGGAGGUUUCUGUCAGUCCAUUCUGACCCCCGCAAAUUGGACCGGGAGAGAGAGGAGCAGGAGAGGCCCGGAGCAGCCAGGACCGAGGGAAGAGUUGCGCGUCCGUUCCCUCUGACGUCCACAGAGAAGAAAGGUGAUGGCCCUGCGGAGGUGAAUGGGAAGGGGAGCCACUUAGGCCUGGACCAGGGUGCCGUGAUGUCCAGCGAGGAGGAGGACGGUGACGAAAGCGCGUUCAAGAGGCUCAGCAACCUGUGGACCUCUCUGCGCGUGUUCCCCCGGUCCUCCAGAGACCGGGGCGCUAAGGAGCAGGUCCUGCCCUCACUGACAGACCCCGCCCCGCUGUCCCUGCCGCGGGAGCAGCGCUACGCCAGCGGCCAGAGCUUCUUCGAGUACCUGGUGGUGGUCAGCCUCAAGAAGAAGGACUGUGGCUAUGAGCCACAGAUCACCUACCAGUUCCCAAAGAGGGAUGGAAUGGUGAAGUUCCAAAGAGAGGAGGAAAAGACUCUGAAAGCCAUCACUCUCUUCUGCUUCCCUGAGGGAAACUGGGCCCCCAUGACGGAGUACCGCAGUGAAACCUUCUCCUUUGUUCUCACUGAGAUUGACGCAAGCAGGAGGAACGGGUACUGCAGGAGGCUACUGCCCCACGGCAACGGCGCUCGCCUUCCGGAGGCCUACUGCAUCAUCAGCAAGCUUGCCUGCUUUGGACUCUUCUCCAAGAUCUUCGACGAGGUGGAGAAGCGGAGGCAGAUCUCCAUGGCAAUGAUCUACCCGUUCAUGCAGAGCCUGCGGGAGGCGCCCUUCCCCGCCCCGGGACACACCGUCAAAAUCAAGAGCUUCAUCCCCGAGUCUGGCACUGAGAUGAUCAGCCUGACGCGGCCGCUGGACUCCUGGCUGGAGCAUGUGGAUUUCAGCACGCUGUUCCGCUGCCUGGGUCACGAGGAGGUGCUGCAGGUGUUCGCCUCCACCGUGCUGGAGCGCCGCAUCGUCUUCAUCGCCGAGGAGCUGGGCACGCUGUCCCAGGUGAUAAACGCGGUGGCUGCGCUGUUGUACCCCUUCACCUGGCAGCACACCUUCAUCCCCAUCGUACCCGAGAUACUCAUCGAUGUCGUCAUGGCGCCCACGCCCUUCCUGCUCGGGGUGCAGAAACGUCUGCUGGAGUAUGUUACUGACCAGCCCGACCUCUGCGAUCUGCUGGUGGUGGAUUUGUCAGAAGGAGUGAAGAACCCGUUCAUUGUUAGUAUUGGAGAUGAGAAGAAUAUUCUCCCUCCAAAGUUUCGGGAGGAAAUCCUGCAGGCUUUAAGUGCCAGAAAAGACAACUCCACUCUGGAGGAGCUGAACAGGGUGGUGUCAGAGGCCUUUCUGCCCUUCUUCGUGAAGACGGUGGGCCACUUCGGCCCCUACAUCAAGCGCAGUGCUGGCGACCAGCCUGGGGUGUUCCAGAAGAGGAGCUUCUACAAGGCCAUCCAGUCAAAGACCACGCGCCACUUCGUCAAGAAGUUCAUCCUUACUCAGAUGUUUGACCUCUUCAUCCAGGAAGUGGAGCAGCAGCCGGCCAAUCAGGAAGGAUUUUUCCAAAGAAAGAUAGCGGAAUACCAGGAAAAGAAGAGGAGAGAGAAAGCGAAGAAACACUAGCCCGGACAAUGUGCCUCAUGAACUUCAGACUGCGAGGGAGGGCUACAUACAGGGGGGAGUAGGGCGAGGGCGCUAGAUUUUAUUUAAGAUUGUAGAUAGGAAUGUCCUGUAAAUAUGGAGAGAGUAAAUAAUUUUCUAUUCUCUAUUGUGUUUUUAACUAGAAUUGCCUUGCGCUGUUUGUAAAUGUCACUGUUGGGGGUCGAUGACGUAGAGUCUUCUGUGCUGCUAUGGAUGGCUGUUUGUGAGUGCUGAUUAUUGUCUGUUGUGAGGAAUCUGCUCUGAAUUAUGCUGUCUCUGGCACUGUGGACAUCAUUCACUCCAGUAGGACUCCUUUCCAGUAGGGUUGCACAUUUUUGGGAAUAUUCAGGGUGGAAACUUCCCACGGUGAUUAAUGGGAAUAUACAGGAACACAUUUUAUACUGAAAUUGGGCAAAAUUCCCAAGCUGAACUUGCCAUGGAAAGUUCCCCCAAAUUUUCCGGGAAUUUACCGGAAAUGUUGUCAUCGUUUGCAGCCAUACUGUCUAGCUACAAAAUCUGAGCCAUUUCUCUCAACCGGAUGGAGCAUGAGAAAGUGAAAUAAAAUAGUUUUUGAUCAA